AUGAAGCUUUUCUUACUACCGGUGGUUCUUGCCGCCAACAUCCUCAUCACAACCACAGACUCGUGGGUUGCCAAGGGCCCUCGUUACUUGGAAUGGGCUCUCAGAGAAGACGGCCACAAUGUUAAGGUGGUGGCCUCGUUGAACCCAAACACUGAAUACUCCAGCGUGGAACUGGAAAAAAGACAGAUCGUCGUGGGCGCCCCACAAGGAGGCGACUUCAACCACCUCCUGCCAGCACAGCAAAUCUACCACAAGAACAUCCGAAAGCUUAAUACGGUGCCCCGUGGGGUCCGCAAUACCAUCUCCCAGAGGGAGUCCGACAAAUUCGACGAGGCUUUUCAAAAACAGGAUAUCGUCAGGGAAGGCGCAUACGGCCAGGACCCACUCAACCCCAACUUCUGGUACGUCGAUGCUCAGCCUCUCGAGGCUCUUUCGGUCGCUUUUUCCGACAUACUCCCCAACCACCUCCCCACGUUUACUCCUGAUUUGGUCAUUGUGGGACCCAACGAGGGCCUCCACUUGACCUCUGCUAAUUCUAAACAAGACGUUGUGGUGGAGGACCUCGAGCAGAUGGACAACCAGGCCGAGGCAUUGGCUCUUUUGGCUCAGCUGAAGAGCUUCCCUGUGAUCUCCGUUUCCAGCGAGGACCACGACCAUAUUUAUUACGGCGACGAGAGGUACUUUAAUGUCGAGGAGGCCAAGUACGAGGACUCCUUCAAGGCCAACCCUGUGGCCAGAAACGUCCAGUACAUCAACAGAAAAAUCGUGGAACUCGUGGAGGAAGUGGAGCCCACCCUCACGCUGUCUCUCCUGCUCAACGUCAAUUUCCCCUCCAUGAACCACAAGUUCUCUCACUGCAUUGCUACCGCCAAGGGCCCCACUUUCUUCCAGGUUGUGGGCGACAAGGUGCAAUCUCACUUGGGCAAGAUCCUCAGUGUGCCACACGUUUCGGGCAAAAGAGGACUCGAGGGCCAAACUACAUACAUAAAAAUGUCCGACGAAGGACGCCCCGAGCCCCUCCUGGAGCUCGAGUUCAUGAGGUUGCUGGCAAUCCUCAUCCAACCUUCAGUCCAGAACAGGCUUCACGAAAAGGACGAUGUUAGCAAACUUUACCACAACAAGCUUGAGGCCCGGGCCCUUGAUCGUUGUGAAAUCGCCUUGGCUGUGAACCACGUCACCAAGGGCAACAACUUGGGACCCGAUGUCUACAGCAUUGUCACUCGUUAA